AUGCGGAAAUCUUUGGACAUGGCUCAUCAUUCAUCUGAGGAUCAAUGCCCUGACAAUGAGGCCGGAGAGCCACUGCUCCCUGAGACCGCCAACGUAGUUUUCCAAAGAAAUCAAACGAGUUGGCAUUUCUUACUCGGUGUUUUCGGUGUUGGAAUCCUAAUUGUUGCGAACCUUAUUGAAGCGCUCAUUAUACUACGAAUUGUGAACAAUACUAGUACCAAGCCAAGUGCCAAGUAUCAUCCUGAUUUUCCCAUGCAAGCACUCACUAUAGAGCGGAACAGGACUUGGGAAGAGCUCUCCAACCCCUCCUCCGAUUCUUUGUGGAACGCAGGUUUACCAGGCAUUACCGGCUGGGUGCAGAUUGAACACGCCCGAGACUAUAACCUGCCACGGGGAAUUCCUUCUCUGGGCAAAUACGAAGUUUAUAUCACCACUUGGGGCCAUCAGCACCAUUGUCUAAAGAUCCUUCGUCGAGAAUUUUCCAGCGUCGUACGCGGCGAAAGUCUCCUCAUUAACUCGAUGACCAAUGGUACAAAGACACCAAACAGCGAGGCAAGCGGCAAGCUACAUCACUUAAUGCAUUGCUUUGACUAUCUCCGCCAAACUAUUGCCUGCGCUAGCGAUUUAACGCUCGAGGGAAUCAAUAAAGAGUCUAACGACACAUUUUUCGACAUCGAUGGGUACGGCGUAGAACACAUGUGUAAGAGUCAGAAUGCAAUUGGGGAAUGGCUUAUUUCUCAUGCGCCGGAGGAAGAUGGCUACCGGCAGAACAUUGAGCUCUGA